AUGGUGUACCUCUAUAAGGUGGUGUACCUCUAUAAGAUAACCUCGGGAAUGAGAGAAGAUAUCUGGAAGGAUGACAAAUAUCACUUCAGAAGUGAUGGAACUCGGAAGCAGCCUGGCUCAAGUCCAGUCAUAUUGAAGCAGUACCACAAGGCUUACACCGAGGACAAGACGACAACAAGGGCCUUUGUCAAAGAAGCUUCGUAUCUGUACAACCAGCCUCUGAAACACGUUCUAGUGCAAUAUAUCGGGGACCACACACAAGCACAGCCUGCUCCUCAACGAAAGAAGCGUGGUCAACAGACACUUCAUUCCCCAGGUGACAGUAAAUGUAGGAAAGUAGAAUCAACUGGUGGAGCUGUGCAGUCAGGUGUCACGGAGAACACUAACUCCAACCUGGACCCUGAAGAUCAUUCAUCACCGACAGAAUUGGAAGACAACGGUAAAUCAAACACUAUUCUAUGUGUAACAUUGAAUAAAGCAAAGGUGUCAGAGACUGAAACAAAGAAUGAUCAAGACACAAAUCAAAAACGCUGCAGGACAGGAGAUCACACAAGUGAUGAUGACAUUGAAUAUUUUGCUACAACGUCAGGCUCCCCUGUCAAGAAACUUCGUUUGCAGUCUCAAGUUGACAAUGAGAACACAAUUGUAACCUGUGUCACUAACACACCCUACACUUAUCUGUACACAUUUCUUGAAGGCGUAGAAAGAAAUCGUGAUGUGAUAAGGGUCGUGCAACAGGUUUUAUCUUUAACAAGGUUCUGGAACAAGGACUGUACCAACAAAGACAAUCCGUGCUUGUCACUCAUUGAAGAGGUCGACAAGAACUGGAAUGUAGAUGUAAUUAAAGCAAGGAACUGGGUUAAAUGUUCUGUAAAUACUGACGUGCUGAGCUUGAACCAAGACCAGUCAGUUUACAUAAACCUCAUCGCAGCAGUGCUUGUUGGAGCAUGCCAUACCAGGACUGAAGUACAGGACUUUGUGAAAACACUGAAGGAUCCUCCUUCACACCUGAAGCAUGUACAAGAGGACGUCCCCCUGUCACGUGACUGUACAUACACAGUUGGCUGCUACACCAUCAGAGGAGAUGUUCUGUCUCGCCUGGAAACCAACGAGUGGCUGACAGAUGAAAUCAUGGACACAUACCUGCACCUCCUGGAGGGAGAGUGGUGUUCCCGUGUCAGCUUCCACUGCCUGGUGCUGCCUACAGAGACAAUCAUACUUUGGGAGGCAGGACACUACACAGACAGGAUAAGGGGGAAAGAUGAAAAUUUGACAAACUACACGUGGAUCUUAAUGCCAGUGAACAUGCCACGUAAUCAACAUUGGGUGCUACUGGUGGCUAAUGUCAAGGAUGGAACAGUGGGCGUGGUUAAUUCUAAACCCUCCUUAGAUGUUGAGGACAAGGUUGUACAACACUGGAGGCUUUUUCUAAACCACUUGAAAUCUACGUCUAAGGAAAGGAGCAAGUCAUGGAUGAUGAAACAGUACCCAGUGAUAGAACAGUCAGAUGGACACAGCUGUGGAAUAUUCGUUCUGAUGGCUGCUGAUGCAAUUUUGGCGGAGAAGUCUCCAGGCAUCAUGAGGAACUGUCACAUUGAGAAAUACAGGCUGUAUGUGCUUCAGAGGAUACUACAGUAUGCCAAGGACAAGGGAGAUAUGCAAGGUGGAGGAAAUCACAUGAUGGCAGUUGAUGGACAGGGUAAUGUCCCAAACGAAAUUCAAACUGUAACGCUGGAGACAAGAGAUGUACUGGAAAAUAGCUGUACAAUGACAACAGAACAAGGAGGUCCAAAUAUUCAUGAAGAGGAUGGACAUGAAACACAUGAAGGAACCGACUGUGCUAUCGCCAGUGAUGAAAGUAUGCAUUCUGGAGAUCAUUACUUUGUUACGUAA